AUGUCCGUCACCCUGCACACAACCAAGGGCGACAUCAAGCUCGAGCUGUUCUGCGAGGCCACGCCCAAGACAGCCGAGAACUUCCUCGCCCUGUGCGCCUCGCACGCCUACCACGCCUCGCCCUUCCACCGCCUGAUCCCCGGCUUCAUCCUCCAGGCCGGCAGUCCCGCCUCGGACCCCAAAUCAAAAGCCAGCCCCUCCAUCUUCAACCACGGCGGCCUGUUCGAGGACGAGUUCUCCCCCGCCCUCCGCCACAAUGCGCGCGGCAUACUCAGCAUGGCCAACAAAGGCCCCAACAGCAACGGCAGCCAGUUCUUCAUCACCUUUGCGCCCGCCCCGCACCUCGACGGCAAGAACACCGUCUUUGGCAAGGUCCUCGACGGCUGGGAGGUCCUGGACGAGAUGGAGAAGGUGCCGGUUGAUAAGAAAUCGAGGCCCCAGGAGAAGAUGCUCAUUGACCGCGUCACCGUGCAUGCGAAUCCCCUGGCUGGGUGA